CUACUUCCAGCCAGCCAGCAGACAUUAUACUAAACCCAAACUACACCAAGGGAAAAGAAUAACAUCGCAUUCUCCCCCUGCAAUUUAGGUGCUGCUCCUCCAUUCCACAAACUUGCCUCUGUAGAGGUUUAUUUAUUAAUUUACUUUUUUAUUUCUGUUUUUGCUGCUUUUCUCUUUUGUUUUGUGGCAUCUUCAUCGCGCCAGAGGAGAGCAUCAUUUUUAUUUUUCCCCCCCCGGUGGAAGAAGGGCUUCUCCGCCUGGAAUUGGGAUUUGACAACAGCAGCGCAUCUUUCUGAGCAUUUUGAACUCAUUCCUUGACCUUUUUUUUUUUUUUUUUUUUUUUUUUUUUGUGUGUGUGUGUGUGUGUGUAUGUGUGUGUGUGUGUGGACUUGGACUUUCUGAGAGUAGCAGAUUCGAGCAGUGUCCGGUUUUGUGUUGUUUUCGUCUGAGUAGCUACAGGAUGGCUACUUUACCAGGAACAGUGCCUCGAAUGGUGCGUCCUGCACCAGGCCAGAACUAUCCCCGAACCGGCUUUCCAUUGGAAGUGUCCACCCCUCUGGGCCAGGGUAGGGUGAACCAGCUUGGCGGAGUGUUCAUCAACGGGAGGCCCCUGCCAAACCACAUCCGCCACAAGAUAGUGGAGAUGGCUCACCAUGGCAUCCGACCCUGCGUGAUCUCGCGACAGCUACGAGUUUCUCACGGUUGUGUCUCCAAGAUCCUCUGCCGGUACCAAGAGACCGGUUCAAUCCGUCCAGGAGCCAUAGGAGGCAGCAAGCCCAGGCAGGUGGCAACUCCUGACGUGGAGAAGCGGAUCGAAGAGUACAAGAGAGAAAACCCGGGUAUGUUCAGCUGGGAGAUCCGGGAUAAGCUGCUGAAGGACGGGGUGUGCGACAGAAGCACAGUUCCUUCAGGUGAGGCUUCAUCUGUGAGCUCCAUCAGCCGCGUUUUGAGGGCCCGAUUUGGCAAAAAAGAUGACGAGGAUGACUGUGAUAAGAAGGAUGAAGAUGGAGAAAAGAAAACAAAGCAUAGCAUCGAUGGCAUCCUCGGUGAUAAAUGUAACCGCACAGAUGAUGGUUCAGAUGUAGAUUCGGAGCCCGACUUGCCGCUGAAGAGAAAGCAGAGGCGCAGCCGCACCACUUUCACCGCUGAGCAGCUGGAAGAACUGGAGAAGGCUUUCGAAAGGACACAUUACCCUGACAUCUACACCAGAGAGGAGCUGGCUCAGAGGACAAAACUGACAGAGGCGAGAGUGCAGGUGUGGUUUAGCAACAGGCGUGCUCGGUGGCGUAAGCAGGCCGGCGCCAAUCAGCUAGCAGCCUUCAACCACCUUCUUCCUGGAGGAUUCCCACCAACAGGGAUGCCAACUUUACCUACAUACCAGCUCCCGGAGUCCAGCUACCCAAGCACCACGCUAUCACAGGAGGGCAGUAGCACAUUGCACAGACCCCAGCCUCUGCCUCCAUCUUCAAUGCACCAGGGAGGUCUAAGCGCUGACAGCGGCUCCGCUUACGGUCUGUCGUCCAAUCGCCACAGCUUUUCCAGCUACUCCGAUACAUUCAUGAGCCCUUCAGCAUCCAGCAACCACAUGAACCCUGUCGGCAACGGGCUCUCCCCACAGGUGAUGAGUAUUCUGAGUAACCCCAGCGCGGUACCCUCUCAGCCCCAGCACGACUUUUCCAUUUCCCCCCUGCACAGCAGCCUGGAGAGCUCCAACCCCAUCUCAGCCAGCUGCAGCCAGCGCUCGGACACCAUCAAGAGUGUAGACAGCCUGGCUUCUUCUCAGUCAUACUGCCCUCCCACCUACAGCGCCACCAGCUACAGUGUGGACCCCGUCACUGCAGGCUACCAGUACAGCCAGUAUGGCCAGACUGCUGUAGACUACCUGGCUAAGAACGUGAGCUUGUCCACCCAGAGGAGGAUGAAACUUGGGGACCACUCAGCAGUGCUGGGGCUGCUGCAGGUGGAGACAGGACAGGCCUACUAAAACAACCCCGCACCUCCUUCUCUACGUUUCACUCUCUGCCACCUUCCUCCACUCUCCAUCAAGUCUGGAUUCCAGCUCGCCACUCUGCUGCUCGCUCCACAGCUCGGCCAUGACAUCAGAGAAAGUGACACCAGUGGGUGUGAUAUGUCGCUCUGGGGAAUGGAACUAAACUUUUUCAAAUGCUUUCAGUCACCAGGCGGCUUUACAUUGUUUCUUCUUAAUUCAUCAGGCACAAUUGCCUGCAACACGUACUUCAGUCCAUUCGCACAAAACGUUGUUUAUUUUGUUUAGAGGGCCAGACAGAACUCCAAGGAUGGUGGUCUGCAUUGGUCCAGAGUCCUCGAUGUCAUGGCUGCAGUCCAGCACACAUUUAGAGCCAUCAACAACAUGUACUUUAACCUUGCUGUUCAUAGUAGUUAACAAAACCAAUAUCACUCAAAUGACUCUUAUUCUUGUUCCUUUUUGAUAUUGUUAAGAUUAUUGUUGCUGUUAUAUGAUUAUGGUUAAUGUGAUUUUUGUUGUUCUUUGAUUCCAUUCGUAUCUCUUUUCUCUGUUAAAUGUCAGUGUCUAAAAACACAGCAGAUGACAGACGAUCUGGGAGUGAGUGUCUGUUGUGUGUGCAUGUUUGCGUGUCAGCACAUUCACACAAGAGAGGUUGAUUGUUUUUCAAGCUGCUGUUCCCCGAGCUCGAAUGUUCAUGAGCGAUUUGACCUUCCCACUUUCAUAUUCCUCUUGACAUUCCUAAAGAACUUGGCCACUCUGUGGGAAGUCUGGCUGGAUGGAUUCUGCAGGGAAUUUAAGCAGCGUUUUGGCGACCAAUAGCUCUCCCCUUGUAACCUCCAUCCCAUCCUUAGCCGUGGCCCGUAGGGAGGGGAGGGGGCAUUGUUUGCAAAAACAGGAUUGGGGAAAUUAAUGUAUUUUGAAAUAUGGACCUUGCCAAGGAGGGCUAACUCAACCCCACCUCCCCUCCCCACUCCUUCCAAAUCCCAUCUGCCAGGGAAUCCUGUUUGAGUUAAAUAGUGUGUAAAGCAGAUUAAAUCACACAAAUAUAAAGCUAAUUCACAGUGACCCUUUCCAUCACUAGCCAGUAUUUCAGUUAUAUAGCCUCCAUGGCACAUUUUGUAAAUGCACCUUUUGAUUUGUUUCCACUUUCUGACUAAAUAAGCAUUCCUUCAUAACAUUCCUCAGGCUCCAUCUACAAAUACUGUGUAAGCAUUCCAGCAUUUUCUGUUGUGAGAUUAAAAAGUAGACAAGCUGUGCCAUUCACAUGAACUCUGGAAAAUCCCAUAAUCCAGUCAGUUGUGAAAGGCCACAGGUAGGACCACUGAUUGGCCCCCUAACUAUGGUUUGGACCAGAGCCCCGUCAAAUCUUUUACUUUGACAAAUUCACCCAACUGUACAAAAAAGAUUGUUUUGUUUUGGGUUUUUUUUUUUGUUUGUUUGUUUUGUUUUUUGUUUUAAAUGAAAGUAAUAGUGGAUAUGCGAAUUUUGUGUAACAAGCAUAGUUGACUUUUAACAUAAUCCAGGACCAGCUGUUCCCUUGAGGUGAAUGUGACUUUUUUUUUUUUUUUUUUUUAAAAAAAAGGACAUCCUUGUGAUAAUAUUCACAGAAUUGUUAACAGUCAAAAUAGGAUUUGGUCCUUUGGUGAGUUAAAAACUGAAAAACAUGUACAGUAGCUGGAGCAGAAUGUGUAUUGUUUCUUUAUAAAGAGUAUGUUUUAUACUAUAACAAAACUACAUUGAGUGGGAGGUAUAAGCAGGGGAUCUGUGGAAGUAAAUGUUCAUUUGAGUUUCUUUAACUGGCUUGUUUUCUAUUGUUUUGGUUUCAUUUUAUUCAGUUGGUUUCUUUGUUGCAGAUUAAAAGUUUUGUUUCUAGUUUUGGCCCACAUGAGAACGAAUUUGUAUAAAUUAGUCAAAUAUCAAUUAAAUUGGGAGCAUUUAAUUUAAAGCUGAGUGAAAGAGGAUCAAAACUGAGCUCGAAGGAAAAUGAGAGCUUGGUAAUACGAAUGAACUCCCUGGAUCCACAUGGUGUGUUUGAAAAGUGGCUGUAAGAGGCAUCAUCGGCUGUCAGAGAAUUCUGGCCACCUGGUUUACAGACUGAUUAUUAGCGCAGACCAGCUCUGACCGGACCAUGGACUUGUCAGCCAUUCUGUUGUCGCACUGGCAAUGGCUGGAGCAUGGCUGGUGAUCGGACAGUCACAGCAUCCUCUCCCUGUGACAAAAACUGACCAGUCACGUUUGAUUUGUGGACCAAUAAGACUUGAGGAGAACAAAGUAAUGCUGACUCCGCACUGAACCGCAGCCACUGCAGCUGCUCCACUCAGACGCCUCACUUGUGUAUAUUUUAAAAAGGAAGAAUUUUAGAAUUGUCUUUAGUGUAUUGAACCCAUUUCUAACACUUGCGUCAAUAAACAUUUGGAUAUUUAAGACAUACAGCUCUUUCCCCCUCCUCCCGUCCUGUUAACCUGUUUAGUUGCUUUCUGACAUCUGUGCUUUGAUUUACUCCUUUUUCUGUUCCGCAUGUGUGUAUAUUAUCAUGGUAUAAUUUAUUCUGCUGUAUGAAGUAUUAGAGUAGUGGGAAACUUGUAUUGGUAUUUACUACCUUCAGCCUGUUGGUGUGUUUACUGUAACACUGGCGUAACUGUUAUCAAUUAAAGAUCCAAAACUGA